CAGCCUCAUAGCCUCUUGUCAGUGCCACCUCUUAAGGCCAUUGCAAUAGCAGUUAACACUGAACAUGAGCUUUGGAGCAGACAAACUCUCAAGCCAAAGAGGGGGGAUGGAGGAAAGGAGCUUCGAUGAACAAGAUCCCCCAGCCCUGUCCUGGCCCCUCCUCCCCCUGCCCCACCCCUGCACUCCUCCUGCUCAGUGUCCCACAGCUUCCCCUGCCCCUCCUCUUCUCCCAGGUCUAUUCGAAGCCUCAACACCACCCAGAGAUGAGAUUCCUCCACUGGUUCCGAAAGUGGAAGCUGCAUAGUGACCAGGAGUACGAGGUCACCUGGUUUGUGUCCUGGAGCCCCUGCCCAGUGUGUGCAAGGAACAUGGCCGAGUUCCUGGCCGAGGACGGGAAGGUCACCCUGACCAUCUUCGUGGCCCGCCUCUACUACUUCUGGGACCCAGAUUACCGGGAGGGGCUUCGCAGACUGUGUCAGAAAAAAAAGAAUCCUCAUGCCACCAUGAAGAUCAUGAGUUAUGGCGAAUUUCAACACUGUUGGGACAAGUUCGUGGACAACCAAAGAUUGUACAAGCCUUGGAAUAAGCUGCCUAAACAUUGCACAUUACUGCACAUCACGCUGGGGGAAGUUCUCAGACACCUGAUGGAUCCAGGCACAUUCACUUACAACUUUACCAAUGACCCUUCGGUCCUUGGACGGCACCAGACCUACCUGUGUUACAAGGUGGAGCACAUGCACAGUGGCACCUGGGUCCCGCUGCACCAGCACAGGGGCUUCAUACUCAAUGAGGCUUCAAAUAGCCUCAGUUUCCCUGAAGGCCGCCAUGCAGAGUUGUGCCUCCUGGACCUGAUUUCCUUUUGGAAGCUGGACCCGGCCCAGCGCUACAGGGUCACCUGCUUCAUCUCCUGGAGCCCCUGCUUCAGCUGUGCCCUGGAGGUGGCUGAAUUCCUUCAAGAGAACCCACACGUGAACCUGCGCAUCUUCGCUGCCCGCAUCUAUGAUUAUCACCCAGGAUAUGAGGAGGGGCUGUGCAGGCUGGGCUGGGCUGGGGCCCCAAUUUCCAUGAUGAAAUACAGCGAGUUUAGGCACUGCUGGGACACCUUUGUGGAUCACCAGGGAUGCUGCUUCCAGCCCUGGGAGGGACUAGAUGAGCACAGCCAAGCCCUGAGUGGGAGGCUGCAGGCCAUUCUCCAGGGAAACUGAUGGAUGAUCCUCAGUCUCUAAGGAAGGCAGAGACCUGGGUUGAGCAGCAGAAUAAAAGAUCUUCUUCCAAGAAAUGCAACCAGGCCGUUCACCACCAUCUCCAGCUGAUCACAGACGCCAGCAAAGCAGUGCGCUCCUGACAAGUAGAUUAUUU